CUGCGAGGCUUCUCUGGGGCGGGAAGGAGGCCAGGGAUAAGUGGAAAAUGAGAGUGAAAAGUAAAAAAAAAUACUUCAAAAAUCAAUGAAAUGUUCUUUAUUCAAAACCAUGGGCCAGGGUGUUAGAGGGAACUCUGAGUGCUGGGGGCGUUUGGCUCCCCAAAAUGCUGUCAGGGGCAAGCACCGGUGCUAGGUGCAGAGCGCUGAGGCCUUGCCAAGGGGGAGAGCAGAAAAUCCCCUCGGUGCUGCUGUCCUUCACCAGAGCUGGCUUCCAGGGCCAGGCUGCUUCCAAUUAACUCCUGGCCUCUGCGGGGAUCCCGGCGGGCCGGGGCGGGGAGCUGCAUUUUUCUUGGAAAGGGAAGCUUUCGGCCUUUCUGGGCCUGCCUGACGGGAUGGGGGGGGAUGUUGCUAGGAGACGGGGCCGGCGGCCGCCAUUUGCCGUGGGGGUGCGGGAGAUGGCGGCAGGCGCUGGGGCGGCACCGCCGGGGCGAGGGGGACGAGGACAGGGGUCGGGCCCGAGCUCCUCACGGGGAGCGUGUCCCAGUCCCAGCCCUGCAGCCGGGCAGGGGCGGGUUAAGCGCCAGGCUGGGCUUCGUGGUUGCCCUUCGCUUGCCAAGGUUUAAAUUUAGUCCCCACAUGAACCCGGGCAUCAGGUUGCUGGAGGCUGGCAGCGCUGCCACGCACCUGCUGCCGCCGCUUCCUUCAGAAAUCCCCAAAAAGCCGCGGCUGACCCCGGCGGGGGCGGCCGGACUAGGCCGGGCACAACGAGAUCCGCGCGCCCCCCGAAAGAAGCGACCGACACCAUCCUCCUCCGCUCGGUGCCUGGUUUGACUUUGCGCCUUGCCAUCCCUCCUGGCUGCUUGCUCGUCGCUUGGGGGAUGCUGGGGGUGCGGGGGAGUGGCACCACUUGGGGACAGGCUUUGUGUCCCCCCCCAUCUGGGGACGCAGCAUCCCUGUGGGCAUGCAGGGGAUGGGGACGGAGCCACGACGCAGGGCCUCAGCCAGCUGGUGUGCCACCGAGGGAGAGGAGCACCCGGCACGGCCUCGGCGGGGUCUGCGGGUCCCCGGUGGGCUCACGGCUGCGGGGUCACAGUGGCACCAUCCCUACCGCAGACCCUUAAGCCGGGGGUGGCCGUGGCAUUUGCACGCCGCCCGACACUUGGCAUCGCCUCCCCCAUGCUGGCGCCCGCUGCACGCAUGUGAUUGAGGAGCCAGGCGCCGCGGCGAGCAGAGCAGAAGGUCGAGCCUGCUCCCGACGGCAGCACCGGGGCAGUCCCCACCAUGAUCCCCCGUGGCAAGAGGGACGCCGGCCGCCCUGCCGAGCUGCCUGGCCCCGAAGGCAUCAUUGAAGGACGUCGGUCUGUCUGGGAGGAGGACGGCCGCCUGUCCGUCCUGCCCCGUGACGACCUCCCCAAGAGCAUGUCCGACUCUUCCGUCUCCUCCUACCACUCGGCGCUAUGCUCGGAGACGACAGACACCUUCAAGGACUGCCUGGAGUUCCUGGAAGAGGAGGACGCGGGCCGCCACACCGCCACACCGCCCCGGGGUCCCCCUCAGGGCCCCCCGCCGCACAGCCCUGUCCCCAGCCCGCGGCUGGAGCGCGCCCGGCAGGCUCAGCUGUCUGUCACUGCUAAGAAUAGCUUGGCGCCAGGGCGCGGGGGCAGGAUGGGUCCCCUCCGCGGGGACCGGCCGCCCGCCGCUGCCUUUGGGGACCGGCCGGGCGCGGCAGCACCGGGGACGAUGCUCAGCGAGGGGCGGCGUGCCAGGCGGAGCGGCGGGGCCAGCGACUCGGACGAGGCUGACGGUGAGGUGCGAGCACUGACGGCCAGGUCUUUCCGAAGCCUCUCAGGCCUUCCCGGCACCCGGCUGGACAUGUGCAGCUCCCACACCUCCUCCAGCCUCUCCAACUCGCUGUCGGAGGACGGUGGUGGAGGACGGCGGUGGGCAGCGUGCGGGGAGCCCCGCGGUGCCGAGCUGCCUGGCCUGACAGGGAAGGAGCUGUUUGAGUGCGUGGAUGUGGAGCUAGAGAGCAGCGACGCCAAGAAGGGGCACGGCAAGAAGAGGACCGUCCCCAAGCGGCAGAUCCAGCUCAAGAGGAAGGAGAGGAAGGAGACGGGGUUCUUCCUGUGGGGGGAUGCCUCAGCCCCCCAGCCGCUGCCCCCCACCAGAAAGGAGCCCCCAGGCAAGGGCAGAGCUGUUGGUGAGGACUUCAGGUUCAACUACAAGCAGUUCAUGAAGACGGCCUCCCUGGACGACGCCUCCAGCAAGACCCGGAUGGCCUCCAACCUGGUGAAAAAUGUCCUAGCCAAGAAAAUGCAGUAUGAGCAGUGGAUUAAUAAGAUGGAGCAGAAAUCGCUGAGGGGCAGCUCGACCUCCUCAGGGCUGUCCUCAGUCGGCACCGACCUGCUCGGGGAUGGCCUGGAGGGCAAGUCCAGCUCGCUCUCCAAGUCCGACUGCAGCAUCUCCGCCGAGGACAUGCGGUGUCCUGGGGGCUGCGAGAGGCUGGGGACUGCCAGCACCACCCAGCCAGCCAAGGGGGUCGUGCUGAGUGAGGCGACAAGGGAGAAUGUCUGCAAGCUGAAGACAACCUUCAACGAGCUCAACGAGAGGAUGAAGUACCAGGAGGUGAUGCAGUGCCAGCGCCUGCCUGCCGAGGAGCACACGACGGAGAGGACCCACUACCGGCGAGCGCGCGCCUUGUUCGAAGGCUACGCUGGGGACAGGAAGGCGCUGGACAUCACCCCAAAAUUUGAGAAAGUGCAGAAGCCAUGGCCCAGCUUGAAGCAGCGAGCCAUCCGUCCCAGCAGGCCCGAAGUAGUCCCGUUUGAGCCCAAAAGCUUGGUGUUUCCUGAUGUGCCACCCCAGGGCAUCUUCACGUCCCGGGCGCAGGAGGUGAAGCUGGUGCCUCAGAGCCGGUGGGAGGAGAAGCCACCGCCAGCACCCCGAGAGCCACUGAGCCCCAGCACCCCUGCGGCCACCCCUGCUGAGCCGGGGAACAAAGGCAAGGUGCAAAUCCCGCAGCCGCGGGACGUGCGCAAGCUGCUGAAGAGCAGCUACAGCCUCUGCUUUGGCACCACCCGUGGCCCCCCAGCCCCUUGCCCCGUCGGGGAAAGCACCGGGGAGCCCACGCCGCCAUCCCCACUCGUCAUCCACUGCACCUCAGUCUGCCGCCGUGAGCCGGCACCGAGCCUCAUGCCGCCGGCGGACAGGGACAUGGGGACAGCUGGUGGCCGAGAGAUGGAGGCAGCACAUGCUGAGGGGACGGCGAUGGUCACCGGCACCCGCCCCACGCAGGGCUCACCCGUGCACAUCACAAAAGUCCAGUCCACGCGGAGAGAGGUGGCUGCCACCGAGGGCCCCCAGCUCAGCCCUGCUGCAUCCCCUGCAUGUCGCCAGCGGAGCGAGCUCAGGGUGCCACCGCGUGCAGCGAGCGGCGGGGACGCACACGUGGAGACCCACCUCCACGUCCUGGUCGGCCCACGGCCCCUGCCGGUGGCUGGGGAGGGCUCUCCGGCUCGGAGCGGCGCGGUGCUGCGGACAGAGAAGACCCUUGUCCUCCCACCACCACCAAGCCCCACAGAGGGAGAGGAGGAACGCAGUCGUGGCGUCACUGCAGGGGAUGGUGCCACAGGGGACCAGCAUCAUGGUGGCAAGGACGGCCCAGGGGAUGGCCAGGACGCCCGUGCCAUGAAACCAGCGGUGAGAAGUGCGGUAAAGCCACCCACCAGCGAGCCGGGCAGCUGGCUGGCCUUGGCGGGGAGCCAUGGUGCUGCAGAUGGUACCGGCCCCGCUGUCCCAAUUCGAGCGAGGGAGGCCGGCAACGGUCCCUCCGUCCCCACUGGGCCACUCCCCACCAGGCCACCAGACCGGAGGGAGAGCUGGGAGCACGUAACAAAGUGGCCGGGAGCCAGCGAGCCUCACCUUACCGCCGCCCCAGUGGAGAACACCAACUACUUGACAAUUCCCGUGAAAGCCGCCAAAUCCUCCCCAGUGCCAAAGCUGCCCUCGGCUCCCAACCCGGCCACCGCAUCCUUUGGGGCUCCCUUAGCUCCCCCUCCAGCCAGUGUGUCCUUUGGGACCCCUUCUGUCCCCAAUCCACCCACUGCAUCAUUUGGGACCCCCAUGGUCCCCAAUCCACCCACUGCAUCGUUUGGGACCCCCUCAGUCCCAAAUCCAGCCACUGUAUCGUUUGGGACCCCCUUGAUCGCCAAUCCAGCCACUGCAUCCUUUGGGACCGCUGCAGUCCCCACCUUGGCCAGCACAUCCUUUGGGACUCCUUUGGUCCCCAGUGCAACCAACUCAGCUUUUGGCUUCCCACCAGCCUCCAGCAUGUCCUUUGGCACUCCCUCAGUCCCCAACCUGACCAACACGUCUUUUGGGACACCUUUGAUCCCCUACCCAGUGAGCGCAUCCUUUAUGACCCCCUUGGUCCCCAAUCCAGCCACUGCAUCCUUUGGGACCGCUUCAGUCCCAAGGCUGGCCAACUCAACCUUUGGGACCCCCUUGGCCCCCAACCUACCCAGCGCACCCUUUGCGACCCCCUCUGUCCCCAAACCAGGCAGCUCAUCCUUUGGGACCCCCUCAGCCACCAACCCAGUCCCUGCUUCCCUUGGGUACCCAUCAGUCUCCAACGUGGCCAGCUCUUCCUUUGGGUCUCUGUCAGUCACCAGCCUGGCCAGUGCUCCGCUGGGGACCGGUGUGUCCACCCUGCCUGGUGGGGAAUCCCUGUGGAGCAAACCCCUCCCCGAGCCCGCCCGGCCCCGGCCCCCCGAGACUGUGGCCACUGCGGUGCCGCAGCCCCCAGCCCAGCCCCAGCCUCGCUUGGAGGACGCUCCCCGGAGGACCGAGGGCUCCUCGCCAAGCAACAAGAGUGCACCGAGCCCCACGCGGCCGUUCAAUCCCCAUCCGGCCGCGCAACGCAAGAUGCUCGUCGAUCCCGACAGCGGCAAAUGCUACUACAUGGAGCCGCCGCGGCAGCCCCAGCUGAAAAUGCUCUACGACCCCGAGACGGGGCAGUACGUGGAGGUGCUCAUCCCACCGGUGCCUGUGGCGUCGCACGCUGGGCUCUACCAAGCUCCCUUCAACCCCUUGCUCUACAGCGUGCCCUACGUGCCCUACAGCAGCUUCCCGGGGCUGCCAGCACCCGCGCCGCCCGCCGUCCCUUCCCCGGCGCACCCCGACCUGCAGGGCCAACUGCCGGCUGCCGAAAACCCCGGGGGCUUCACCGGGACCUUCAGCCCUGAUCCCAAGGGCGAGGGGCCGCCUGCUGCUGCGGGGCCCGACUGCGGGUACCUGGAGAGCCUGUACUACAUCCCCACGGGGAUGCGGGCCAGCCCCGGCCCCGGCCAGCCCCCUGCCCGCGCCAGCCCUGCCGGCCCCGAGCAGGGGCCGCUGCCCCCCAUGUGAGCCCCGGCUGCGGUGCCAGCCAGCAUCGUCCCACCUGCAGCUGGAGGGCACCUAUGUUUGUGGCUGAGCUGGUGUUGGACCUGACCGGCUCCUAAAAGGAAUGGGGGGGGGGAAGAUGGUGUUUUACCAGCACCUGGCAUCCCUGGGGGUGGUUCUGAAGUCAUUCAAGGGAGCACGGCCACGGCUGGCAAAGGGACCAGGUGCAUGGCCCCCGCCUCUCCCCGUCCCCCGGUCCCAUCCCGAGGGCUGCGCGGUGGGGCGAUGGCCAGAGGCACCCCGGCUAUGGCACAGACUCCUCAAAACAGCAAUAAAAGUGCUGAGCCAGCAUUAACCCUGCAUUCCCAUGUCCGUUUCAUC